UAGUACAGCUCUACCGAUCAUGCUCUCGACGCAGCGUUACUUCAGAUUCAUUCGACAGUUAAUGAUGAUUAUCGGAACGUGGACAGUCCAGACAGGAGAGCUUUCGACAUUAAAAAAGCGUUUGUACCAAGUUUACGCCAUUACUUUUCAAGUCAUUUGCACCUCAGGUUCACUGUCGUUGUUAGCGGAAGUGCCAGCUUUAAUAAAAACUAGUUCCAUAACAUCGGCUGCAGUGAUGGACAACGUAGGAAGAUUGAUGAUUUACGUUGUAAUAAUGUUUAAAAUAUUCAUGUGGCAGUCCAAACGGAUGCUAAAUUUACUAAGCGUUGCUCUACAGCAAGACUCCGAGUUAGCGGGUGAAACUAACCCAAAAAUUGUAAAAAUAUAUAAGAAGCAUGUAAGCCAAGCAAACAAUGUAGUUACCAUAAUUUUUUCUUCCGGUAUCCUGAUUGGGAUCGGCGUGGCAUUAAUCGGAGAUUUAAACUGUUAUAUGUAUUUCAAAAAUCAGAAAGGGAGCGACUUGAAAGAAAAUCCUUUACCGUUGAAUUUGUGGUAUCCAUUCGAUAAAAACAAAUAUUACACAUUGGUGCUCUUGGAUCAGAAUAUUCGUCCGAUACUCACUUGUCUAUGCAUCGGUGUCGUAGGAGCAUCCAUCAACUCUAUUGUGAUGUUUCUCAAACUGCAGUUAACACUUUUGCAGCAUCAGUUUAGAAUCGUCGAUAAAUUCGAAGCUGUGGAGUAUAAUUUGAAGUUCCUCUGUUUAAAGCAUCAGAAAUUAAUCGAAUUCGUCGAAGGUUUCAACGAAUCUGCCAAGAACGUAAUUCUAUUGGAAUAUACGGUGUCGUCCAUUACCAUCGCCAUCAUCAUUAUUCAACUUAUUUCGAGUGGCCAAUUCAUGUUAAACUUAACUUUGCUCUCAUAUACUUCGCUUCAGUUGUUAUUAUUCGCUUGGAAUUGUAAUGAAAUUAUCGUUCAGAGUACGGCAUUGGCGAAUGCUCUUUAUGAAAGUAAUUGGUAUGAGCAAAGCAAAUCGGUUAAAAGAAUUUUGCAAAUCAUGAUGUGCAGGUGUGAAAAACCGCUUCGAUUGAGAAUCGGCAUGUUCGGAGCGAUGGAUCUGGACGCCGGAGUCUCGAGAUUAAAAUUAGGUUACUCGUACACAACGCUGGUGAAAAAUUGAAUUGAAAAAUCAUUCGACAAAUAUAUGUAUCAACGCUCGGGCUUAUACACGUGUGCAAGGAAUCUUUUUCUAACCUUUGUGAUUGAGGCUGAGAACUUUUAAUAGUUUUAUUAUUACUUAUCUAAAUUAUUGUCAGAUUUUUGUUUGCUAAAUGUUUAAAUACGUAUGUAAUUUUUUUUUGUGAAAUUACGUAAUAUUGUAAUGGUAAGAAGUAGACAGUCAGAUGGCUGACAGCAGUAAUAUUAGAGGGAGAAACAGAAUAUUUAAUAGCUCAAGACCAGGCCAUUUCAACCAACUAUCUAUAUCAGGAAAGAGAUAUUUAUAGAAAAAAUGGAAGCAAGAUGUAGACUUUGUAAGCCAUAUGAUGAAACAAUUAAGCACAUUAUCACAGGCUGCCCAGCUUUGGCAAGGAAAGAAUAUCUUGAAAGUCAUAAUGAAGCUUGCUUAACACUACUUUACAAUAUCUGUAAAUACUACUACUAGAGACUUAAAAAAUACGAUAUGUCGAUUAAUCGACGUCGCAAUACCAUCAGAUGCCACAAUAAAAGAGAAGGAAUCUCGAAAGAUCAUAAAAUACAGAGACUUUCAAAUAGAAGUACAGAGAAUGUGGGGGGUUAAAACAACUGUUAUCCCCGUCAUAAUCUUUUCUUUGAGACAGCUCACAUAAUCCACUAAUAAUAAUAUAAAAAAUUCAAUAAUAAUAAUAUAAAAACCAUACCUGGUAUCGCAUUUUGAAGAUAAAUAUACUGCAAUUAUAUCGGCUACUUCAUCAUUUGUCAGAAGCAUUUUAAUAGUUUUAAGGACUUGCUUUUGUGUGUAACAAACGAAAAUUACACUGUCUGUAUAAGUAUAAUUUUUAUAAUUCGUAGGUACUUGUUUUUCGACCCUGGACUACUCUUCAUAUUCUGCCAAAUACAAAUUUAUUAAUAAUUAUAAUUACCGGAGUAAUAGCGCCUUUAAAAUAGUUAGCCAAUUUUGGUAUCAUAUCAGUAUAUUGUUACGAAAUUGCCUAUAAUUUUUUACAGAAUUUUGCAUUUUUUUAGUGUAUCGAAAAUCACUUUACCAUAAUC